UUAUUGCUUGGCUAUGACCACUGCACCGUUGUGCCUCCGAGUGACGGCCGAGCGCAGUGCAUAACUCGUCGGCUUAUCGGCGACUACAACAGGCUACGGCUGCUUUUCGGCAGUGACGUUUUGGCAGAUCGAAAUUUGUCUAUGUGAUUUAAUCGGCGGGGAAAAACGUUUUAAUUCUGUACUGCAUUGCACUUCGUGUUACUCUCGGUUGUAUUGUCUUUUCCAAGGUUAAUCGCCAGUCGGUAUCCGUGUGAUUCGCACACAAACAAUUUGUCUUUCGAUACACGGUUUCUCCGCAGACUUCGAGAGUACUUAACUUCUAGUUUUUUGAAUCGCCAGCAGCCGGUCGACUGCCAUGAAGCUGAAGGACGUGGAGUUUGCGCCUUUAUGCGUGCCCCUCAGCCGAAGACUGGAGACGCUGGCCGCGGCCGCUUGGAUCCACCUGGUCGCCUUUGGCGGCAUCACGGGAUGCUUAUUGAUCGCUUACCUCGUGUUGGCCACUCGGUUUUGGUGGCUGGGUCUCUUGUACGUGGCAUGGAUAUACAUAGACAGGAACACACCGUCUUCAGGAUACACGAGGUUUGGUUUUGUUCGAAAUUGGAGUUGGUGGUACUACUACAAAAACUACUUCCCCGUGUCUCUAGUAAAAACUCAUGAGCUGCCUGCAGACAGAUCUUACCUGUUCGCCUCAUAUCCUCACGGAGUACUGUGUUCCGGAGUGUUUUCCAAUUUUGCAACCAACGCAGGUCCUUUCCGAGAGAUGUUUCCAGGUCUCAAAACGUUUCUGAUCACGCUCAACUUGCAUUUUAGCAUGCCGUUUACCCGGGAACUCGGAAUCGGUUUAGGUCUCCGGGAAUCAUCCGAAAAGAGUCUGGUGAAUAUUUUGGACGGAAAAAAGGGCAACGUGGCUGUACUCAUGGUCGGUGGUGUCUCAGAAGCCUUCAAGUCCUUCCCUGGACCCAUUCAAAUCAUAAUCAACAAGCGAAAAGGAUUCGUUCGCGUAGCGUUAAAAACUGGAGCAUCUUUAGUGCCAGUGUUUUCGUUUGGCGAGACUUAUGUCUACGGAAAAGGCGAGGCGUCACCAGAUUCAUUUUGGGACAAAGUGUUGAAAUUGAUUAAAUGGAAAAGUGGCAGGCUGGUACCGGUAGGUCGAGGAUUGUUCCAGUAUAGUUUUGGUAUUGUACCGCGAAGACACCCCAUACAUACUAUCGUUGGCAAGCCGAUAGAUGUACCCAAGAUCGAGAAUCCUACCAGAGAGGAUAUAGACAAAUAUCAUAAAAUAUUUGUCGACGAGUUGACCAAAUUAUUUGAAGAACACAAAACUAAAUAUUCAACAAAUGUUGAAGAACAAAAUUUAGUUUUAGACUGAAAAAAAUGUACAAGAUGUUUUUGUCCAGACUCUACCAAUCUGUUUUAAUUAUAUUAUUUUAGGAAUACUAUUAUUCGUACAUAUUUUUAUACUUUAUGAGUGUUAGUGAGUAAAAUAUUUUAUUGUUCAAUUAUUUUUAUUAUAUUUAAUGUUGAAAAUUGUAUGUAGAAUAAUUAUUUCAUUUAAAAUUGAAACUUAUACAUAAGGAUUAAAAUUGUUUUAUUAUUGUUAAUGUGCCGUAUGU